AUGGCAAGCUGCCGCCGCACCUUGAGGCGCAGCUUUCCGGCGCGCAGGGGACGCGGUACAAGGAGAGAUCGCCGUAGGGCUCAGCAAGCGCAUCGCCAAGGGCUAUGCCAGCAAGGCGUUGCAGGCAUCGCCACACUUGGUUUUGCUGGAGGAGGAGUUCUUCAACGAGGACUUGAAGCCCCUACUCACCGAGUGGCUGCUGAUGUGGCUCCGCUCACAGGGUGUCAUGGAUGCCGGAGGAAACGCUCAGAAGUUGCGCACGGCCACGGUGAGCAGCUACCUGAUGCGAGGCUCCGAUCAGCCAGCGGCAAAGGAAGAGGAGAGGAAGCCUUCAAAGACCUCCCGGCGGCGGAGAUGAAGAUGCUGAACUUGGCUCACGCCUGGCUCUCUUUGCUGUUGCCGCACUGCCUGGCGAAGAUCGACCGGGUCUCCUUCGGCAUCAUGACCAGCGAGGAUCUGACGAGGGCCUUGGAGGCCGAUCCCAACAUGCCGCUCUCGAGAGGCAAGCUGGCAAUUCCCUUUAUUGGCAAAGAUGUGCCUUCGCCUACAAACGAGUUCGCUCACCCGGACAUCGUCAUUGGUCUCACCAUUUUGGGCUACCGCUACGAGAAUCUCCGCUUGGCUGACAUCGAUGAGGUCAUGGUGCGGCUCCUGAACGACGUGCGCAAAGAGCCCGGCAGGGCACAGGACAGACCCUCUGCUGUGCUGUACCGGACCUGGGUCACAGAGGCCGGCGGCUUCCUGUGCGACCCGUCUGUGCCGGACGCGCCCAAGCAGAGUGGCAAAGGUGUGCCGCCUUUGGCGCUGCUGCAACGCUCCAACGAAACGCAGAUGAAGGACGAUAUCUUCAAGCUCCUAUGCGGGUCCACCUCAGUGAUCCAGUGGUACUUGGAGCAGUUGGUCUUCCCCAAGUACAUGAGGUUCCAGUGCAAGAAGCUCUCGGCCAGCGGCCAAGAGCUGGGCGCGGAGAUGCUCUUCGCGCGCCGCGUGGGCUUCAGCGGCACCCCCACGGAGCUGCUGCCCAAGGGCCUGGGCCGCUGCCACUUCGCGCCGGGAGACGACGCCGCGAUGUUCACCACCUUGACAGAUCCUGGAGUGAUGUCUCUGAAGCAGGUCGACGGCGCUUGGACGGUGGAGACUUUGCUGGAGGAGGUUGUUGCAGAGGACGCGGAAGCGUUGAUUGACACCGGGGCGCUCAUCACGGGCAUGUCCAACCUGGAGGUGGCGCAAUUCCUGGGCGGCCACAAGAACUUCAAGAAGCAAGCGGUCGUCUAUCUCAACGAGGCUGACUCGAAGAUGAUCUACGUCAAGAAGACGAAGUCGUCGAUGAAGCUGGAGGAUUGCGGAAUCCCGCUCACGGAGCGCUUUGCCUUCUACGACCAGGUGCACACGACAGGCAUGGACAUCCAGCAUAAGCCGGAUGCCAGAGCUAUCUUGACCCUGGGCAAGGACAUGGUUUGGCGCGACUACUGUCAGGGCGCAUAUCGAAUGCGCGGCAUCAACCGUGGCCAGCGUGUGGUGGUCUAUGCCAUUCCAGAGGUGAGCAAACUUGUGGAGAAGGCGCUCACAGACGUGGCCAUCCGCGCAGACGCGAAGAGGUCGCCCUUGGUGCGGCUGGUGGUGUGGCUGGUGCUCAACGGUCUGAGGUCCGAGAAGGUCCAAGCGGGCAUGCUGAGGUCGCAAGAUUCCCACACUUUGUGGCGCAGGCCGGCCUUUGUUUGGCUCCAAGAGCACGCAGAGGAGGCAGCCACUGAGGAGGCGAAGAAGCACCUCGACAUUUUCGAGGAGAGCCGCUGGACCUCGACCUAG